AUGGCCUCCACCCGCCCAACAAUCCAGCUCCCCACGACCGAAGCCUACGACAAAUGGGCACCCACCUACGACCACGACGGCAACAUCCUCCAACUGCACGACGACCACGCCUUCGCCGCCACCAUCCCCCCACUCCUCUCCUCCCACCCCCCCACGCACAUCCUCGACCUCGGCUGCGGCACCGGCCGCAACACGAGCAAGCUCCACGCCGCCCUCCCCACAACCCGCAUCACCGCGCUCGACGCCAGCCCCGCCAUGAUGGCCAUCGCCAGAUCACGCCUCCCCUCACCACACAUCACAUGGGUGCUCCACGACCUCAACCGCGGCGGCCCCCUGCCAGUCACCGGGCCGGUGGACGCCGUGGUGUCAACGCUGGUGCUGGAGCAUGUGGGCCUCGAUGUGUUCUUCGGCGCGGUGGCGGGGGUGCUAAGGAAGGGGGGCUGGCUGUAUGUCACGAGUAUGCACCCGCAGAUGGGCGCGGUGUCGCGGGCGGGGUUUGUGGAUGAGAGGGGCGUGAAGGUGCAGGGCGUGAGCUUUAACCAUCAGGUUGGGGAGGUGGUGGCGAGCGCGGAGAGGGCGGGGCUGAUGUUGCGGGGGGAGGUGGGGGAGAGGGGGGUGAGGGAUGAGGAGCAGGCGGGGGCGCUGGGGGUGAGGGCGGGGAAGUGGGUGGGGGUGGUCAUGCAUGUGGAGAUGGUGUUUUUUAGGGUGUGA